AAUCAAAUAUGAAAAGUGGAAAAAGAAUAGUUUUGUUCACAUUAUUCGCCAUAAACUUGGUGGACCAGCCAGCGCCCGAAGUAAAAAUUGAACAAGGAAUUUUGAGCGGUAAAGUCAGUGCAGAUGGGUCUUAUUUUGAAUACAUUGGUAUACCUUACGCUUCCACUAAUAGCAGCACGAGGUUCAAGGCUCCACUACCUCCUGUAUCGUGGAAGGGAGUAUAUAGAGCAGUUGAUGAGCAUUAUCAAUGUCCACAACCUUCAUUGUUAGGAGUGAUAGGAAUGGAAGACUGUCUAAAGAUCAAUGUUUACGUACCAGUGAAAGCUAAAAAACCCUUACCCGUCAUGGUUUACAUCCAUGGUGGAACUUAUAUAAUCGGAAAUGGUGGAAAACUUUUAUAUGGACCUGAUUUCUUAAUCCAUCAAGACGUUAUUCUAGUCACAUUUAACUAUAGACUUGGAGCAUUAGGAUUCAUUUGUUUGGGUAUUAAGGAAGCUCCUGGAAAUGCUGGAUUGAAGGAUCAAAUUGCUGCUUUGAGAUGGGUAAAGAAAAAUAUUGCAGCAUUUGGUGGAGAUUCUGACAAUGUCACACUUUUUGGAUUAAGUGCUGGAGCGACAUCUGUGUCGAUGUUAAUAGCUAGUAAUGCUACUAAGGGUUUGUUUAAAAGAGCAAUUUUGCAAAGUGGCGUUUCUACUUCAAGCUGGGCAGUUAAUCGACAACCUUUGUUUACUGCUAGUCUUGUAGCUAAAGAACUUGGUUAUGACACUGAGGAUCCAAAAAUAAUGUUCGACAUAUUUUCUAAAACGCCGUACAGAGAUUUGAUAGCCGCUAAGCCAAAGAAACCUAUAGGAAAGUACUUUGAUUUUCAAUUGAUACAUUAUCCAUGUGUUGAAAAACUGAUUGAAGGCGAGGAACCAGUGAUGACUGAUUUACCUUAUAAUUUAUUUAGUAAACAUUCAAACAAUAUAUCUGUGAUAUAUGGGACGACGAGCAAAGAAGGAGUUAUUCUAUUGCCAGAAGAAACAGAAGAUACCUUAAAAGAAAGGGAUUCAAAAUACAUAUUUUCACCCGAUUUAAAUUUUCCCUCAGAAGACGAAGCUGCGAAUCUUUCAAGUGCAGUUAAAGAAUAUUAUUUUGGACCAAAAAACAUCAGUUUUAAGGCUCAAAAUGCUUUGUUAGAUCUCAAUACACAUUUAUAUUUUGAAAUGCCUACUCUGUUAGAAUCUGAAAUUGUUAUAGACAAAACUAGUGCUCCUAUCUAUAACUAUUACUUUAAUUACUCUGGUGGAAGAAACUUCCUCAAGUACAUCACGGGGUACAGUGAUGAGCCAGGAGCUUGCCAUGGAGAUGAGCUUAUGUAUCUGUUCAAAGGCAACGCUUGGCCAUUUGCUAUUAGUAAGAAAGAUCAAACUAUGAUUCAUUGGAUGACGAGGUUAUGGACAAAUUUUGCGAGAUAUGGUAAUCCAACUCCACCAACAACUGAUUUACCUGUUCACUGGAGUCCAAGUACUAAAGAAAAUAUGACGUUCUUAUACAUUGAAGAUGAGUUAAAAAUGGGGCCUGUUCCCAAUCCAGACCCUUACAGACUGUGGAAGAAUAUUUACAGCAAAUAUCGUAAUACUAACAUAGUAAAUGAUUUUAAAAGAUGAAACUGUUAUUUUAAUUAGAAGGCUCGAGUUUAAAUUUGAACUAAUAAUGGUUAUGUUAGCAACGUGAAAAACAACAUUAAGUAUCAUCAACAUUGGCCACUGCUGACCAAAGGCCUCUUCUAACACGGAGAAGCUGUGAGCUAUAAUUACCAUUUUUGCUAAAUUGUGGUUCGCGACUUAAAACUUGCGAUGUUUUCCUUCACCGUUGUGUCAGUGGUGUCUAAAUAAUCUUAGAAAGUACAUAUAACUCGCAAGUCAUAUUUGUACUUGUCGUUUUCGAACCCGCAUACUUAAUCAUGAGAAGCGGAAGUCUUAGAACAUUAAGUCUAUUCAACA